CAAACAUUGUGGGUAAACGUUUUCUUGUGCUGUUUUCCAAAACUCGUGUUGAACGCAUGUCGAAAGGGGCUGAGCUUGUGUAAUGUAGUGAACUUCUGUUUAAUUUUGGUUUAUUUGGGUCUUGCAAAAAGGCGCGCGUGCUUCAAAAUUAGACAUGACCGAUGAGGAACGGUCUUUCAACUACAAUGACCUUAAUUUGGAUUUUUUGGAGCUUUCGCCACCACGAGCCAAAGCUGUUGUAAGGAAUGCCUCCCCUAUGCCUAACAGCUCUUCCUUCAGACCCAGCUCAUUCAAGGCGAAACAAUUGGCACAGAGGGUGGCUAAAAAUGAUGUUUUUGUCAAUAAAAUAGAUAUACUUAAAAAGGAAAAUUUCGAGUUGCAGCAGAAGCUUAAGGAUUUUAAAAAUUCGGCGGCCGAAAUUCAGAAACUUUAUGAGCACGAAAAACAAAGAGCUAAUAAUUUACAAAUACAACAUGACACAGAAACUCGCAAGUCGAAUGAGCUACAAUCCCGUUGUGGUCAAUUAAAUAAUGACAUAGCUGAGAAGAGAUUGCAAUUAGAACAACUGGAAGCCCAGUUCGAUGAGGCAAAGGGCCCGUUAAGCUAUAUAGAGCUCGCUAUAAAAUACCUGAAGUUAUUUCACAAAAUCAAGGAAGAUGAAAAUUCAAAGCAUCAUUUACCGCGCGAUAAAUCCCUAUUCUUUGAUCUGAGUAAAUAUUGCGAAGAUAAGGGAUAUAAGGUUCCUUCUGUACAAGUAAGCAAGAAAAAGCGGGUAUAUAAAAAAGAUACAAAGGUACAAUGCAAUCUUCUCGAGGCUGUAAAUCCACCAUCUUCAAAAGAUACACAAACGGUAAGCACGCAAACAGCAGCGGGGCAUCUAUGCCAAAUGCAGACUCAAACAGAUUUGGCAACAGGGAGGGAUGUGCAUACGCAAACACUAGUAAUAGAAACGCACUCAGUUAAAAAUCUGCAUACUAAAGGCGUACAAACCGCGAUAAUUGAAAUGCAUACACAAGGCACACAACAUAUUUCUACCACAACAACCCGGGGUACAUCCACGUCGUGUUUCAUCAAAAAACAUAAUGUUGGUACCUGUUUCCCAGAAGCUAAAUUAGUUCCUCCAGUAACAGCAAUGGUAGAUGAAUUAUUACAAUUAUACAAUGUGUCGCCGGUUAGUCCUAUAUCCGAUCCCUUGCCACUAACAUCACAUAAUGAAUUGGAAUUACCCACAACACCCGCUGCUGCACUUGAGUCUCUUUCAUACAAGUCCAUUGGCACGUGUACCUAUUUAUGUAAUGUACAACGACAAAUAGAUUUUAUUCCACUAGUAUCCGGUAUUAAGCGUUCAGAAUCGAGUUCACCGUCGCCAUUUACAUUUGCUAACGUUAAGAAUGAAGCGUACAUGACACCCACUCCUUCACCACCACCAUCGGCUACGCAGGCGCCUACAGUCCACAACAGAAACGAUACUUCGACAAGAACAGCGACAAAUAAUAAUUUUGGCAAUAUGCAGCCAGUGUUAAAUUCAGUUGCACAGCUGCCUGAUAUGCCACCUGAAAUGUUUUCCUCCGUUUGGCAAAUGGCCGGACAAAUGUUUAUGGGACUGAUAUACCCACCAACGAAUAACCGUCUACGCAUUGCGCCUCAAAACAGAGCGCAAAACUCGCUAAAUAAAGAACACUUUCACAAUUGGAUAUCUUCGCUGUACGAAAGCAUUCAUCAGCCCAACCAGCAAUCAGCAUCAUCACCACCACCACAUCAUGAAUAUCAGCAACAAGUCAAUGGGAGUGAAAGAGAUGUUGACACUGAAGCCGAAAAUAAUACAAAUGUAGUUCAAUCUAACAACUUAAUACCGCGUGAAGAUAUACCAGCGACACGGGACUUCUACGAUAGCAGUACAAAUGAAAGGAUUGAGUUGCAUCACCGUGAUGCCUUUGGUACCCAAACAGAUAAUACAAUUUCGCCUAGAGGUUCAGAUAUAUGCGAAUCCCAGAACACUUUCGCAGAAUGGAUAUUUAAAGAGCCACGAGAAAUACCCAAAAAGUCUGCAAAGCAAGCUCGUGCCCGAAAGGCUGCUAUGGAAGAGGCUUCAUGUGUGAAAAAGCAUCGGGAUAAACUAGAGCGUAAAAAACGAAAGAAAGAAAAUCGGAAGAGGCUAGCCAAGCAGAUGACUACAACCGUAUUCAAUGACGAAUCAAAUGUUAUAGCCGAUUUGGAAUUAAAUAAUCAGCAACAGAAUGAGAAAGGUUUCGCAACUGCUGUUGAAUUUUGUGCCAACCUCUGUAACUUAAAUAAUUAUUCUAAUGAUGAAUCUUACUGGGAUGAAAUGGAUAUCGGUGUUGUAAAUGCCAACCAAUCGAACAAGCAAGAUUUAUCUUAUGCCGUGAAUAUGGAAACUGAAAAAUUAAAUAAUAGUGAAACUGGUGUGGAUAAUAAUGGCGGGAAAAUUUAUGUCGAUUUCGAGCUUAAGCAAAAUGAAAAGAUGGGGGAAAUAAGAGAAGAGCAAGCAAUUGCGCAAGAUAAUACAUGCAAAGAUUUUGGGCAUGUCGGUUUUAAGGAAACUGACGAAGCGAGCAAAAGUAUGGUGGGCGUAAAUAAUAGUUGCGGGAAGGUUGAGGUCAAUAUCAAUUGUAAGCUGAAUGGAAAUAUGAAUAAAAUAAUAGAGGAUGAGGAAGUAAAAGUACCUGAUUACACACUGUUCGACAGUGAAAAUGCAAAAUGUGAUAAUUUGGAUUAUAUCGAGGCGAUAAUCGAAACAGAAGCUCAGACAGAACCUUUGGAAACUGAAAUAAAAUUUGAAAAAAAUGCGUGCUGUAUAUUUGGUAGUGAUUCAGAAGAGGAAGCGGAAACACAUUUAGCAGACACGCAAAGUAUUGAAUUUGGUGCGGGCAAUUCAGAAACGAGCAUGGUUUUUAAAAAAUCUGUAGAAUCAUUAGACAACAAAGAAAAACACGUGGUAGCAGAAAAUAUGGAGGAAGAUUCCCGAAAAUCAACAGAAAGGAGAGAUGACUUCUGCGUAAUUUCUCCAAACAGCGGAGAAAAUGUAAGCCUCAGGCAGUCUGUGACUUGCCUAUCAGAUAAUAAAGAGCCUGAAGAAGGUCGUAAUCAAAUUCUUUCCGACUUAGCAUUAAGUGAUACGGAAAGCGAAGAAAGAGAAGCCAUUAUACCCUCAUUUGAACUUAAUCUAAUUAAUCAAUCUAGAAGCCAAAGCCUUAGUGACGACGAUGAAUCCGACGAUCCUGUACUUGUGAUCGUUGAGGAAGUUGCCGAUGCUACCAAUGCAAAUAAUUUUGUAAUAACUUAUGGAACUAGAAACUCCCAAUCCCCUAACAAAGAUCCUUUACAGCAAAGUGGCAGCGAUACUGACAUUUCCACCUUGCUGGAGAGUGCAGUUAUGGAUGAUUUAUUGGCCAAUUCGUCAACUCAAAAACUUUUCAAUAGCAUAUUGGGUGAGUCGCCAAAUGAGAAAAUGCAAGCAAUAACACCACGCAGGCGUGGUCGAAAGCGCAAUAGUGAAGCACCCGUCGUAACUUUUUGCAAGCGGUCGGAACGUUUGCGUGCAAAGCAUGACGAAACUACGCAGCUCAGCAGUGAUGAGUCUUUGUCAUCGCCAGCAAAGUAUUCACAUAGCAGACAACAUUCCCCAGAACCGAGCGGCGUUAAUGGUAUUUGCGAUGAUAUUUCGGGGAAUUGUUAUAAUAGUAGCCCAAGGAAACCGCCGCAUAAAAAACUCUUACAUUCAUUAACUAAAGAACAAAUUAACAAACAGUUCGAACGGUUUAUUGAAAUUAGACAGAGAGUGGAUAAAAUAGAGUUUGAGGAGAAAGUUGCAGAAGUUCAACCUAAGACGGCCCGUACAGAAGCCGAUGUCAACGCCGUUUGCGAAAGCUUACCUGCACAAACCGACAAGCAUAGUGAUGUAGGAUGUGCAUCUGUUGAGCGCGUCGCAGACGAAACGUCCGCUUCAUUGCGCCCCUCGCCAAUACAUGCCACAACACAACAAUCAGAACCUUCCUGCUCCGGCGCUCUUCCAUCUCUCGAGGCUAGCGAUCAGCCAUCUACCUAUUGUCUAUCAAAUACUUCCUGCCACAAACCAGAACAGUGUCCAAAGAACGACGCGCACAUUACUCAAAUGGACUAUGAUACGCCAUCCUCACCUCCGCCAUCAUCAAAAAUAGACGUCAUCUUGAACAAAACGCAACCAUGUCGAGAAAUACCCCUAGAAUUGGAUAUGUCAUAUUAUUCUCACGACCGAAAGAGUGUUUUGCAAUACUUAAUCUAUAACUACUCUUCCGACAUUUAUGCUAUUGUAACGGGGAAUAAGAAUCAGCCUAAAACGGAAAAAUUUGCUGUACAACUCGAAAAGUUUCUAAACAACACUCGCGAUAGAGUUGAUAUUUUGGCAUCUACACUCGCGGCAUCUUUGCAUGAGGAAAUUGAAGAUAGUCAAGUUAUAGGAAGCUUAAUUGUUGAUCAAAUAAGCAAGGCGCCACGUCCUGAAAUCGAGCUCGGAUGUGAGUUAGCACUCGUUCCCCGUAAAUACAUUGGCACACAUUUGCGGCUUAUAUCGAUCGUUUUGCGUCACUUGCAAUAUAGACGUGCAGAUAUUGCCGCUGUUCUUUUAACAACAAUUGAGAGUAUACUAUUUAAUUAUCGGACACAGGAAAUAUCGUUGAGCGCCGCUUUGAAUCUCACACAGUUGUAUCUACUUGUCAUUCCUUUCCACAACAGUCAACUUAAUUCGGCACGUCUUUAUAUCGGCAAGUGUCUGUAUUAUUACAACGUUAAAGCAUUUCCAAUGAUCUACGAGGUACUCUGUUGGUAUCCUACAACGCUGCCGCAUCGAGACGAGCCCAAUUACGAUCACUCCGAUGCGCUCAUUACAGUUAUUAAACACUUUUUAAUGGGUAUGACUUACAAUAUGGACAGCGAAGAUCUACGUCACAGAGAGCUACUUUCGCUAUUACGCUACAGUUAUCAUUUUGAGCCCUACACACCCAAAGCCCUCGAAGUGUUAUGUAAUCUAGUGUCAAAACUCAAAUCUGGUCACCUAACAAAUCUGAAAUACGCAUUUGCCAUCUUUUGCAAACGAAAUGCAAAACUCGUAGACAUUUUACUGCAGCAACAACUCUUGCCACUUGCCGAUGAGUACUAUAAGUUGGUGCAGCAUUCAGAAGAAUAUGACGAGCGCAUCGCGGCCCUACUCGAAUGUAUAUCGGUGGUGGUGAAGCCGCUACCGCUGGAUACAGAUGUCUCGAUUUAUUUCUCGAUAUUUGAACGCUUCCUGUGCGCUGUGCACCGCCCUCGCGUACAAGAAGCGACUGUUUUAGCCAUAUUGCGACUUCAGCGAUUUGGUCACAAUCGCUGUUUUCAUGCACUCGCACACUUUAAGCCCCAUUAUCCACUUCAAAUGCUUACUACUAACGUGCUCAAGACUUUCAUUCAUAAGAAACCGUUGAGAUAUUGGAGGGACAUAUUGAAGCAGCCGUUAAAUAAUCAAUGCUAAUAUUUGUAUGGAUAUUUUAGUUGUGUACUCUUGUUUUUUGAACUAAUUGUAUUUGUUGUAUUAAGAAAGCACGUUUGUCAUUUAAAAUAUGCACUUUUAAUAUUUAUUUUGAUUGUGUGAUUGAUGAAACAAGUUGAGAAGUAUAAUAUUUAUAUUUUUCCAUGAAAAAGUGUAGUAUUUAAUAGUAAUAAAUUUUAUAAAAAAAAGCCUGAAAUGUAAACAUAGAAAUCUAUUAGUACAAAUUGCGACUUUAAAUUGGUUCCGAAGCUCCUCAUAUCGAAGAAUAAUUUCAAAUGGAAUUGAAUCGUUGUCUUCUUCACUAUAGUAGAACACGUUAAACAUUUUUUAUGCGUGACUUUAUGCAUGUUUUAAACAUUUUUCAUUAUAAAAGGCCUUAAAAUAAUCUAAAAAUUUUAAGAUCCAAAAGAUAUGGCCAAGUCCAAUAAAGCACGCCAGCCCUUUCUUUUCUGUGCAAACUGAAGCCAAUCGGAAACACCAAGUGAAGCCAAAUCCUUCUCGGCUCUUUACAUUUGGUCAAAACUGCGGGUUCCAAGUUGCAUACCUUCAGGGUGGCCUGAAAAUCCUCUACAUUGUCCCAUAUAAAUAAAAACGGCUUUAUAUUUAUCAAUUUAAACAUUAUUUUACUUCAACUAAAAACAUACGUAGGUUGUUGCAAAACUUACUUUACAACAAUAUUUGAUAUAUGUAUGUAUAUUUUUAUGUCUUAUAAAAUAUUUAAAUAUGCUUAUUUCGUAUGUGAUUAAAAUAUGCACAUACAAUUCCAAUAUAAGAUUGCACAAUUUCUAUUGACAACAAUGCCUUUUAAAUACAUGUGCAAGCGGAAACAAACAAAGUAACGAUAAUACAUUUUGUUAUACAUACAUAUAUUGUAUAAAACUCUAACGUCGGCGAAUUCAUAACUAUCCGAAAUUCGCGAGUAUGCAAACGCUUACUUCGAACGUGCAGUUUAUAAUUUAUACUGUUUUAUUUUACAAUUUACAACGGUUCGAACUGCAUUUCGCCCAUUUGGCAAAGCGUUUUUACACUUUUUAAAUUUUACUGUACAAAUAACUUAGUUAGGAUUUUUUACAUGUAAAAUGCGUCGUUUAAAUAUAUAUAUAUUUUUUUUUAAUUUAAGUAAUCAUUUUCAAUUAGCACGAGUUCCCGCAGAUCUUUGAGACUAAUACCCAAAGCGAACCAUAAGCAAGGCGCUGCCAAUUCAGAAGAUAACUGUCGGUUGACACGCGGCGUGUUAGAAUUAAUUUCCUCAGUACUUAUUCAUUACUUUCACUGCAGUUUACUUAUAU